UGAACUUUGUCCGUUCGUCCAAAAUCCUUUCAGCCUCGCACAUCUGACGUGCAGGAAGCUCCAUAUCAACGGCUUCAGUUGUGUCGUCUAGUCCAGUAUGGCUUGUGGCGUGAAAGUUCUCGUAUUACUAACAGUAACCUAUGUACUGAGUGAUGCACUGUUAUAUGAAAAUGGAAGAUCUUACAGAUAUAAUUAUGAAACAUCAGUGUUUUUCAACGAUUUGGACAAUAAAGGAGGCAAAUAUUCACAGAAAGGAACUGGAUUCCAUUUACAGAUGGAUGUUGAUGUGUCUCCUGUUUUUCAGUUUGAUGAUUCACAGCUUUUCAGAGUGAAAAUAACCAGUGCAAAGGUCACAAGUGCUUCAAGAGUAAAUCAAGAAAAGAUAUUAGGAUCUCUGUUGAAGUAUCCUUUAUAUUUUGAAUUGAAUAAAGAUACAGUAAACAGUGUGUAUCUAACAGAACCUGAUUGCAUAUUCUGUACAAAUAUUAAAAAAGGUAUAGCAGCACUUUUCCAGUUGCAAGAAGAAUCUGGAAAACGAACAGAGGUAGAUGUAUCAGGAGAAUGUUCUGCAGUAUACGAAAAAUUGUCUUCCAAUUCAAUUCUCAAAACAAAGAAAGAUUGUAAUAACAUAGAAAUAGCUGGACAAUUUUCUUCAAGCAAUGAGGCACUUAAAGUAUCUGUUAAUAGUACAACAACAUUUAAUUAUGAUCUAAACAAUGGUAUUAUAAAUAAAGUUUCCAGUUUGAAUACUGCUGUAAGCAUAGUAAAUAUAAGAAAAUCCAUCAAUGGAGCUGCAACAUCGAGUCAGAUUUUUACAUUAAAAAACAGUUCUUCUACAUCCAAUAUCAUCAAAGCUAAUUCCAUACAAGAAGCUGUUGGUGUAGCAGAAAAAGAAAUUGGGAAAAGUCUUAUUUUGUCAUUGUUACCAAGUGGAUCAGAGAUCUGGCAGUGUGGUCCUAAAUGUCAACCGGCUACAUCGUUAGCUGUUUCUUUAAAAGAUGAUUUAGUAAAUGAUAAAAUUGCCAGUCUUUCUUCAGCUAAAGCAUUUUUAAAAAUGGUUAAAAGUUUUAGAAACAGUGGGAAAAAUACAAUUGCUGAGGUUUUUUCAAGCCCUGAGAGUUAUUAUAUUAUACCUCAGCUAAUAGAUAUAGCAGCAGCUACGCAAACAGGUCCAGCACAUCAAGCUUUGAUGGAACUAUUAAACUUUGAUGAUGAUUCUGGUUUAGCUUAUGUGGAACGAUAUUUUCUAGCUGUUGCUUAUGUUACUCAUCCUGAUGAUUUUAUACUGAAAGAUAUGCUGAAAAUAUCCACUCAGAUACCGAUAGACUCUCCUAUCAAAGAACCAUUAUUAUUGUCAAUGAGUGCUGUUUUAUAUACAUACUGUCAAAUACCUCAACAAAGAGAGCAUCAGGUUGUUAAAGAUAUAAAAUCCAUGUUAUUGAAUAAUAUAACAAACUGUAAAGAUGAAGUUUGUGAACUGAUGUUUCUAAGAGCUCUAGGAAAUGCUGCAUUACCAGAAUCUAUGGUGCUGUUGUUGAAAUAUGCAGAAGAAUCUAAAACUACUAUGAUGUCAUUUACUGCUAUUAAUUCAUUAAGGAGAAUAUCACAAUCAUAUUAUACAGCUGAGCAUCGAAGAUCUCUGAUAAGAAUAUUUUAUCAGAAUAUAAAAGCCUAUGAUAGCAGUGUAAGGGUUGCAGCAUUAAAUGCUCUUUUAAGAGCUGGCAUCUCACUAGAAGAACUAAAAGAAAUUUUACAAACUUGCAAAAAUCAAGAAGAAUUUGAAAUAUCAACUUACAUAUUAAAGAGAAUAUUUGAUGAAGCUGAAUUGAACAUGAAUCUCAAAAAAACAUUAGAAUUACUGCUCCGAGAAGCUAAUGUGAACAAUUACAACAUUUUAAGCCAAAAUGGAAAAUCUAGUGCCUUGACUAGUUAUUUAGCAAAUACUCAGGAAACUAAUGGUACAUAUACAUUGUCAUUUGAAACAACAAAUGGUGGUAUAAUGAAAAGAAGUGGCAUGGUUGUAAACUUGAUGGGUGAAAAUUGGAAACAACCAUUUAUGCAUUUUGAUAUAUAUGCUGAGGGUUUGGAAUCUCUGGUAGGUUCAGAAGCUGAAGUAGAAGAGCCAGUGGAUGAGGAGAUAGAAGAGGAGUCUGUUGAGGAAAACGUAAUUGAACCUACAGCAGGAAUGUCAUUAACAUUGUUAGAUGUAUUAUUAAAACAGAUAGAAUUUUUCAGAGGUACAACAGGUCUAAUGUCUGCAGCAUGGAAUGCUCCAUCAGAACUAACAUCAGCUUUUCAGGUUAAUUUAUUACUACAAGAUCACUCAGAAAGAGUUCACUUAUCAAAUGGUAUGAUAGUGGAUAUACAAGUUCAAGGUGUGGCCUCCUUAGAUCUAUCAGGACUUGUCAGCAUAAGUUUAUGGAGCAGAAAUUCACAUUCUGUUAUUAAAAAUAGUGGUGGUAUAUAUCUAGAAGGUACAAUGAAAUUAGAUUCAUCUAUCAUAAAAGCAGGUAUAACAUUCACAGGUGAAGGUGAAUCAGUAAUAGACUUUGUCACGGAUGCAGAUUUUUAUGAAAUGCCUUUAAAGCUCUGUCUUCAAAUGGAACGCCCAGAGUUUAUAUUCAGGCAAAAAAUAAAAAGAUAUGAAAAAUUAAAGGGACUCAAUAAAUACAUGGUCAACUAUCAACGAAAUGUUACAAUUCCAUCAAAAUCAUUCCUUUUAAAUAAAGCCAAUUCACUCCAAUGUAUUAAAAUGUUCCAGGAUCAGGAAUGAUCAAAGGAAUUGAAUUUGCAGUAUUAUCAAACACUUUUAAUAAUAUAUAUUAAAUAAAACCUUGUGCCAAAUAAUUUGUGGGUAAAAGAUCAAUUUUAUUAUGACAGACUAUUUUAUAUUCUAUAUUAUACAUGAUAGUAUGUACUGUAUUAUGAACUUUUUUUAUGUCGAACAAUUAUGUGAUUGUAUUGUCAAAAUAAAGUUAAAC